GACGGACGAGAGCGCCGCCAGACUGUCGGGGGCCAUGGCCGCGCGCGCCGCUCGCCGCUGCUGUCUGGGCUGGGACUUCAGCACGCAGCAGGUGAAAGUUGUUGCUGUUGAUGCAGAGCUGAAUGUUUUCUAUGAGGACAGUGUGCAUUUUGACAGAGACCUUCAAGAGUUUGGGACUCAGGGCGGAGUUCAUGUUCACAAGGAUGGGCUGACCGUGACUUCUCCAGUCUUGAUGUGGGUCCAGGCUUUGGAUAUCAUCUUGGAGAAGAUGAAGGCUUCAGGCUUCGACUUCUCUCAAGUCCUUGCCUUGUCUGGGGCAGGCCAGCAACAUGGAAGUGUAUACUGGAAGACUGGAGCCAGCCGGGUGCUGACAAGCCUGUCACCGGGCCUCCCGUUACACAAGCAGCUGCAGGACUGUUUCUCCAUCAGCAGCUCUCCAGUGUGGAUGGACUCCAGCACCACAGCCCAGUGCCGCCAGCUAGAGGCAGCCGUGGGCGGGGCCCAAGCUCUCAGCUGCCUCACUGGGUCCCGUGCCUAUGAGCGUUUUACAGGAAACCAAAUCGCAAAGAUCUGCCAGCAGAGCCCCGAGGCCUACUCAAACACAGAGAGGAUUUCCUUGGUCAGUAGCUUUGCUGCUUCCCUAUUCCUGGGGUCUUACGCCCCCAUCGACUACAGUGAUGGUUCUGGAAUGAAUUUGUUGCAGGUCCAGGACAAAGUCUGGUCGCGGGCUUGCCUCGAUGCCUGCGCACCUCAUUUAGAGGAGAAGCUUGGCCCACCAGUAGCUUCGUGCUCCGUCAUGGGAAACAUUUCUUCCUACCAUGUCCAGCGCUAUGGGUUUUCUCCAGGCUGCAAAGUGGUGGCCUUCACUGGCGACAACCCAGCAUCACUGGCAGGCAUGCGGCUGGAGGAAGGUGACAUUGCGGUCAGCCUGGGCACCAGUGACACCCUGUUUCUCUGGCUCCAGGAGCCCACACCCGCCCUGGAGGGCCACAUCUUCUGCAACCCUGUUGAUCCCCAGCACUACAUGGCACUCCUGUGCUUUAAAAAUGGCUCCCUCAUGAGAGAGAAGAUCCGGGAUGAGUCUGCUUCCGGUUCCUGGAGCGAGUUCUCCAAGGCGCUUCGGUCCACAGAGAUGGGAAACGGUGGAAACCUGGGUUUUUAUUUCGAUGUGAUGGAGAUCACCCCCGAGGUUGUUGGCCGUCACAGGUUUAGUGCGGAAAAUGGAGAGGUCCCAGCAUUCCCCAGGGAAGUGGAGAUUCGUGCCCUGAUCGAAGGACAAUUCAUGGCCAAGAGGAUUCAUGCCGAGGGCCUGGGCUAUCGAGUCAUGCCCAAGACAAAGAUUUUGGCCACUGGAGGGGCAUCUCAUAACAGAGACAUCUUACAGGUGCUUGCAGACGUGUUUGGUGCCCCAGUGUAUGUCAUAGACACUGCCAACUCCGCCUGUGUGGGCUCUGCCUACCAAGCUUUCCAUGGCCUUGCAGCUGGAACAGAUGUGUCCUUUUCUGAGGUGGUGAAGUUAGCCCCAAAUCCCAAGUUAGCUGCUACCCCCACCCCCGGAGCUUCUCAGGUCUACGAGGCCCUUCUCCCACAGUAUGCCAAGCUGGAACAGAGAAUCCUGUCUCAGACCCAGGGGCCUCAAAAGUGAAUUCCACAGGUCCAGGUGCCCCUGUUGACCUGGACCACCCAGACUUACUGAUCCCACUUGGGAAUGUGGUGUUGGACAGAGGGAGCCUCUUCCCUGUUUCAAGCGGCACCCCCUGCCUAUGCUGAAUUAUGGGGGUUCUCCAACCAUGGCUAGGCCCACCCUGAAAUCUGCCUUCACAUUUUCCUAAACAAAGACAGGCAGCUUGUGCCUUGUUCCCUCUGCCCAGGACAGGAAAGCAUCUCUCUUAUCCUGUCUUUUAUCCAAGGAGGCAGGGUACUGCUGAAUCAGGGUAUAGCCAAUAUAAAUGUGAGUUUUCCCUUUCAAAUAAAGUAGUAAAGCUGAUCAGCAGAAUGGAGGAGGCAGAGUCCUCCCUUACCCCCUGAGAAGUGAUAUAAAAGUACUGGAGUGGAAAAAUAACUUUCUCAUCUCCAUCCCUUUAAGUCAAUAUUAUCAAAUUAUUUAUAAUUUAUUUAGUAUGUAUUAUAAUAGCUACAAAUCAUAAAAUUAUAGAACACCAGAUUAAUUCAUGUCAGAAGAAAAUCCCAAAUAAAAUAUCAGUAACAGAAACCAAUAGGGCAUAGAGGAUGUUCUAUCAUCACAAGUGCAGUUUAUGCCCAAGUGGUUCAGUAUUAGGAAAUUAAUAAAUAUAAUUCUUCAUUUUAAUAAAUCUAGGAAGACAAGCAAUUUGAUUACAGCUGAUGAAAAGUCCUUUGACAAAAUUCAACACUCAUUCUUGAUUUAAAAAAAUGCUAAAAACCAGUACUUGCUUAAUAAGGAGGCAUUGGAGCCUUUCCUGAGUAAGUCAGGAAGUCCACCAUCUAUACCGCCAUUUAAUUGUGUAUUAAAUGAGGCAGCCAGUGCAGUCAGACCAGAAAGAAUCAAGGCAUAGGAAGAAAAGGAAGAGAUAUAGUAAGAGAAUCAAUACUAAAUCUAAUGCAAAUAAGAAAAUUGAGUAAAGUGACAGGUUGUAAAGUUUUAAUAUAAAGAGUAGCAUUCUUAUGUACAAUCAAUAAAAAUUAUAGGUAGUGAAGGACAAGAGCUAAUUUACAAUAGCAACACAAAUUUAAAAUACAGUGCUAUCAAGCUAUCACCACUGUGACCUGAGCUUGAUCCCCGGCCAGGGAGCUACCCACAUGGCAGAGCAGACCUCUCCUGUCUUACCUGCUGCUCCGCUCAGCAGUGUAUUUCAGUCGAUCUGUCUGUUCUGCUCCCCACUCUGUCUCUGGUAAAUCCUUUCACCCUCCCUCACCCCUGGCCUACACUGCUCUUGUAUGCAUAAAUAAAUAAAAUAAAUCUUUAAAAAAUACUUAGAAAAUGGAGUUAACAUUUGGGGGAAAAAAUUAAAAACAUUCCUGAGAGGUUUAAAUAAAUUGGAGCAAAGGAUUACUCAGAAUCAUGAAGGAUUAAUGUGUUCCAAAUAAAAAUACCAGUCUUUUGUGGAGGAAGGUUCCUGAAGCCAGACUAGGGGAUUCAAACAUGUAUUUAGAAAAGCACAUAAUCAGAAGCAGCUGGGAAAACUCAGAAAAAGAAGUUCAAUAAAGGUACACUAGCUCUGUCAGAUAGUAAAACAUUAUAAAGCAUCCUUUAAAAAAUGUAAUUGUUCAGGAAUAGAUCAAUAGGACAGAAUGAUAAGUUCAAAAAUAAACAAUUACAUAUAGACAGACAUGUACGAGAAAAAUGCUCGUUCAAAACACAG